AUGGCUUCUGGGAGGCUGAUUAAGCUGUUGGUUUUUGAGCUCCUGGAGUUCGCAGCCUUCUCCGUUCCCACCCUGGUGAUCAUGGAGCAGUUUGCCACCGCCUAUCAAGGGACAAGGACCAUCUCUGAGAAAACACAUUAUUGGCUGAUUGUUUCUUGUUCUAUCGCCUAUGUGGCUUUGGUGACACUAGUGAUUUGGGUUCCUGUAAAAGUUCUCUUAUACAAGAAACAUCAUCUUGUCAAAAAAAUUAAAGGAUGGCGGCCUGUUCUGAUGAUGUGUGUCAUACUCACCACAUUGCCCAGCUUCACCUUUUCGGUGGCAGUGACCGAGAUUCAAAAGAACAUCAACGGGUCUGCUGAUGUCUUACCUGAUAUGUUACCUGAUCUGCCUGUAUCUUUGGUCCUGUCAUCCUUGAUUGUAGUUGAUAUCGUUGAAAAACUCAGGAUAUAUCCUCUUAGAGGGAGUCAAAAGAGCAUUGAAGACGGGAACACCCAAACAACCUCUUUGCAACAAGUAAGAACUGUGACGGAGCAGGUGAAGCAAAAUGAAGACAACCCUUCAUCUCCUCCAGAUGCAGGGAGAACCCAGAUCUCACAACCAUCGCGACCCAUGACCCAGAGCCAGGUGUCUGAGCUGAUGGAACCCCAGGAACCAUCAUUUCACUCAGGAAUCCUGGCAGCCAUGUCUCGGCGGGACAUGCGGGCCGAGAUAUUUCUGUGGAACUUUCUGCUGUGGUCUGACACUAUUGAAAUGGUGCGUGUGGCCGGUCAUCCCAGGGUGUACAAGUCAGCCUGGAUAUAUCCAGUCUACAUCUUCAGUUUCAUGUCUCUCCUGCGAAUGAUAUUCACUCCCAAAAAUCCUCUUCUCAAUUCCCUGGGUGUCCUGCUGCAAGAUUUACCCUUUGUUUUUGUUAGACUCGGUUUGAUCAUUGCCUUGGGGACAAUCACGCCCGUGCUGGGCCUUUGUAAAAACAUAGUGGUGACUGUCUCUUACGUUUACUUCAAUCACCUAACUCGGCUAAGGGUUUUCUCUACCUUUGAAAUGUCUCCGUUUUAA